AGUGGUGUCAAACUACAUUAUUUCUACAAUAUAGAUGCAUCCUUUAUGGUAGUAGGGCUGACCAGACCAAGUUUUCAUGUACAUUUCAACAUUCAAAAAGGGCUUAAUAGCUAUGAACUACAAAUGGUUGUUUCAUUAUAAAACUGUGUCAGCGUUGUGACGAAGCUUUUGGAGCAUGGAAGCUCUGGAGCGCAGAAGAACUGACACUGGGAGACAUCAGUAAAAGCAAGACAUACAGCUUUACUGAGUAGAGCAGUAAAUACAGCACAGAUAGACUAGGCAGACGAUGACAACACCACCACGAACUGAACUGAUCUGAUCUGAACUGAUGCAAGAAAAAGGAACUCACUCUUAUAUCUGGAUCCUCCCUCCUUUCCAGACACACUCAGGGUCAUCACAGUUCAUCACUGAUUAACUCUUUCAAUGUCCAUACACUUCAGAUGAUGCAAUCAGGUUGCAAUCCCAGGCAUAGCACAAAUUACAUUUAAACAUUCACCUUACACAAAUCUUACAUUCACAAACUGUACUACUAGUGUUUAAUCAAACUGAAUUUCUCCCUGCUGUGGCCUGUUAGGGGAUUGAUCUAUCACAUUCCCGUUUUAUGCCCUGCCUAGGCAAUUAGCAGAACCAGAAAUUUGUUGAGCCCAGGUGGACUGCUGUUAAAUUACUUCUUAACAUAGGAGUGAGUAUGCUUGUCUUAAUUACUGAGUUGGGAAUAAAGCUUGUUUAAGAAUUUAAAAGAAAAUCUUUUAAAAUAAGUGGAUGCACAGGAUUUCUGUACUCCUUACCAUCCUCUGAAAAUCAACCUUUUAAUAGGGAAGGCAAAACUGUCUGCCCAGUAAAAUAAUUGUAUCAUCUAGUAAGUCAUUCAGAAUUAAAUGAUGGACAGAAGUGGUGUGUUUGAAGCAGGACAGACAUUCUUCCAUCAGCAUAUUCACUUUAUAUAGGAUAUUUACAUUGAUAUUAAUUUCUGCCCAUUACUUUUUCGUGUUUUGUAACUUCAUCUUUGGAAAGUCUUCUCGGGGUGCUGCCACAAUAUAAUAGUAGAAUGGGUGGCUAGAUAUGAGAAAGAUCCUUCUCAUACUGAAUUUAUGUUAAAUACUUAUAUCACAGUUCUAUACAUGUUGUAGAACUUUCCAAAAAGGAUGCAAAGUGUGACAGCCUGUUUACUUUCUGGUGAGUGUCAAGUAGACAAUAUUAAGCCAAACCUAAUAUCAAAUGCACAAGGUUUCAAUUUAUAUCUAGGCCACAUUCAAAAUGCUAGUCCUUUUACAAUGUGGCCCCAAGUUACAAACUCUGCAGCUGUGUUGACUGGUGGUGGAAUAGGACUAGAUUCAAUUUUUCUAAAAGGACAGAGUCACAGACUUUACAGGCUUGUACAGGCUAUGUCAGUUUCAAGAUAAGAUAUCUUCUGGCAGGGAAAAGGUCACAAUCUAUAUAUAUAAAAGAGUGAUGGCAUCACGGCGACCCACAAAACAACAAAACUACAGGCCCCCCAACCUCGAAAUUUGACAACACAACCCAUCAUCCACGCCUCUAGGUUGAUACAACAAAAAGAAAAGAAAAAUAAAGUCCUAAUUAGAGAGAGAGGAAUAAUUGCUUUUAUCCAAUUGCUGCCAGUUAGAAGGCUAAGCUCCUCCAACUUGGUUUCCUAGCAACCCAAUAAUAAAAAACACUAAAAAUUAAUACAAUAAAAUACUAUAUUAACAGAAAAUAACUAAAAAUAAUACAAGAAAAUAAUAAAAUAUAAUAAAUAAAAAUAUAACUUACAAUAAAAUUAAUAAAAAAUUGCAAAUAACGUCAAAUAAAAAUUACACAACAAUUUUUAACCAAUACCACCACCACUUUGCCACAGCAACGCGUGGCCGGGCACAGCUAGUAAGAUAUAAUCUGCAAACUACUACUGGGAAAACUGAGCUAUUGGGUAUAAGAAAUAUGUCGUUGAAUGCCAUAUCCUCAAACCCCCAAUUUGUUAGGAACAGUGCCAAUUAAUCCUCUGCCAUCCCUCUUUCUUCUGCUUUUAAAAUGUUCCAGUUUCUCUUUCAUUCUCCAGCUUUGUCCCAUUUUCUUCAUCCUACUUCAGCUGCUGCAAACUGAAUUCAAGGUGCAAAAAAAGGUAGUAGGAUUCCAUUAACAAGGACCAUUAGCAAAGAGAGGACAGUCUUGCCCUUCCCAGUAGGCUUAGGCAAAAGCAAACUGCUGAAGUCUCUCAUAAUGUCAGUGCUCUUCCUUAUUAAUAACUUUUGCUCGUGCAAACUACAGAAUCAUAGUGCUAUUAUUCUACUUUAACUGUCUUUGUUACAUCCUUGGAUUUGCAUAGUAGGGGGGAAAUUUGGAAUUCAGAGAACUCCAGUGCUUUCCUAAACUACAGACCCAAGGUUUCCAUAGGAUGGAGCCAUGGCAGGAAGCAAUCCAGUCUAAAGCUCAUCACAAGGACAGCUGUUGAAUAUUUCAAGAAGAUACAAACCAGAGAAAUCUCACUUUCAGCAGAAAUGGCAUCUGAAAGAGAAAUGAGCGUACAUGUCAAUGGAAAAAUUGAAGAGAUGAAGACAGCAGACAAUGUCUCUGACUCUGAAAGCAAAAGUAAAGAAAAGAAAAAGAAAGAAAAGCCUAAAAUGGUCAGCGCUCUUACAGUGUUUCGUUAUGCUGACUGGGUCGACAGAGCAUUAAUGUUAAUAGGCACCCUCUUGGCAGCUCUCCAUGGAUCUGCCCUUCCACUUAUGAUGGUUGUUUUUGGAGAUAUGACAGACAGCUUUGUGGCUUCAGGAAGUCCUUUGCCAUUUCCAGGAAACUUAACGAAUGAGACGAUUGAUGAAAUGAAGGCUUGUAUGGGUGAGAUGUUACAGAAAAAUAUGACAAGAUAUGCAUACUAUUAUUCAGGAAUUGGUGCUGGCGUUCUUGUGGCUGCCUAUAUAGAGAUUGCAUGCUGGACGCUUGCAGCCGGACGCCAGGUCAGGCGCAUUAGGCUGCGUUUUUUCCAUGCUGUCCUUCGGCAAGAAAUUGGAUGGUUUGAUGUCAACGAUGUUGGGGAGCUAAAUACCCGCCUAAUAGAUGAUGUUUCCAAGAUCAAUGAAGGAAUUGGUGAUAAGAUUGCAAUGUUAAUCCAAGGAAUAGCUGCAUUUAUAGCGGGACUUGUAAUUGGAUUUGUUAAAGGAUGGGAACUGACACUUGUGAUACUUGCCAUCAGUCCCGUUUUGGGACUGUCAGCUGCAAUCUGGGCAAAGGUCAUUACUGCUUUCACCAACAAAGAGCUUGCUGCGUAUGCAAAAGCUGGAUCUGUCGCUGAGGAGGUUCUGACAGCAAUUAGGACAGUGAUAGCUUUUGGAGGACAGAAAAAAGAAAUUGAUCGGUAUUCUAAAAAUUUAGAAAAUGCUAAAAACAUGGGAAUAAAAAAGGCUAUCAUGGCCAACAUAUCCAUAGGAAUAGCCUUCUUACUGAUAUAUGCAGCAUAUGCAUUGGGUUUCUGGUACGGAACUACUUUGAUCCUUGAGAACAAAUACACUAUUGGGAAAGUUCUCACAAUCUUCUUUGCUGUCCUGAUUGGAGCAUUCAGCCUCGGCCAGGCGUCUCCAAACCUAGAAGCCUUUGCUAUUGCCAGAGGAGCUGCUUAUGCAAUCUACAACAUCAUAGACAAUGAACCUCAGAUUGACAGCUUCUCAGAAUCUGGUUACAAACCUGACCACAUUAAAGGAGACAUGGCUUUCCACAAUGUGCAUUUCAGUUAUCCAGCAAGAGCAGAUGUCCAGGUGCUAAAAGGGCUGAAUCUGAAGGUUAACAGUGGCCAGACAGUAGCUCUGGUAGGCAGCAGUGGCUGCGGGAAAAGCACAACAGUCCAAUUGAUACAGAGAUUUUAUGAUCCUCUGGAAGGCAUGGUCACAAUUGAUGGACAGGAUAUUAAGACCCUAAAUAUAAGGUAUCUGAGGGAAAUUAUAGGCGUGGUGAACCAGGAGCCUGUGCUGUUUGCCACCACCAUUGCAGAAAAUAUUCGCUAUGGCCGCGAAGGCGUCACCAUGGAAGAGAUGGAGAAAGCCGUCAAAGAAGCCAAUGCCUAUGACUUCAUCAUGAAGUUGCCUGAUAAGUUUGAAACUAUGGUUGGAGACAGAGGGGCACAACUAAGUGGAGGUCAAAAGCAAAGGAUAGCCAUUGCUCGGGCUCUGGUUCGGAAUCCCAAGAUUCUCUUGCUGGACGAGGCAACGUCAGCUUUGGAUACGGAAAGUGAAGCUGUGGUUCAAGCAGCAUUGGACAAGGCGAGGGAAGGCCGUACCACAAUAGUGAUAGCCCAUCGUUUGUCUACAGUCCGAAACGCAGACCUGAUUGCUGCUUUUGAAGAUGGCACCAUCACAGAGCAAGGAUCUCAUAAUGAACUUAUGAAAAGGAAAGGAGUUUAUUACAAACUGGUCAAUAUGCAGUCCAUUGACACGGAGGUUCACUCAGAGGAAUCUGAUGAAAAUGAGCCCAGUUUCCAAAAACAAGAACCAUUGAAACGUGUUCUUUCAAAUGGAGUGAGAAGACGUUCAACUCGCAGGAGCGUAAAAAACCCAGAAGCAUCGGAUGAAGACCCGGAGGUCCAAACUGUUCAGCCUGAUGAAAAUCUGCCCCCUGUUUCAUUUUUGAGAAUCAUGAGCCUCAAUAAAUCUGAGUGGCCUUACUUUUUAGUGGGAACACUCUCUGCAAUCAUCAACGGAGCCAUGCAGCCUGCAUUUUCAGUUGUUUUCUCAGAAAUCAUAGGGAUUUUUGCAGAACAAGAAAAUUUAAGAGAAAGGAGCAAUAUGUAUUCAUUGCUCUUCUUAGGAAUUGGAAUUGUUUCCUUUAUAACAUUUUUUCUUCAGGGCUACACUUUUGGCAAAGCUGGAGAGGUCCUGACGAUGAAACUUCGCUAUAUGGGAUUCAAAGCAAUGCUUAGACAGGAUAUUGGUUGGUUUGAUGACCCUAAGAACAGUACUGGAGCAUUGACAACACGUCUUGCUCAUGAUGCUUCUGAAGUGAAAGGGGCAACUGGGGCCAGGCUGGCUAUGCUUGCCCAAAACCUGGCUAACCUUGGGACAGGGAUUAUUAUAUCAUUUGUGUAUGGCUGGCAGAUGACGCUCUUAAUCUUGGCUGUUGUGCCCAUCAUUGCCAUAGGAGGGCUCAUUGAAAUGAGAAUGUUAUCUGGACAUGCCAAGAAAGAUAAGAAAGAGCUUGAAAGUGCAGGAAAGAUCGCAACAGAAGCCAUAGGAAAUAUCAGAACUGUUGUUUCUCUCAAUCGGGAAGGAAAAUUUGAAUUCAUGUAUGAACAAAAUUUGCUAGUACCCUACAGAAAUUCAGUGAAGAAAGCACACAUUCAUGGAUUGACCUUCAGUGUUUCCCAGGCAAUGAUGUAUUUUACCUAUGCAGGUUGUUUUCGAUUUGGGGCUUGGCUUGUGGCAGGUGGAUACAUGGAGUUUAAGUCUGUUUUCUUGGUGUUUUCCUGUAUUGUUUUUGGUGCCAUGGCAUUAGGACAGACAUCUUCAUUUACACCAGACUAUGCCAAAGCCAAGAUAUCUGCUGCUCACCUGUUUGCACUAUUUGAAAGAGAACCCUUAAUAGAUAAUUAUAGUGAGAAGGGAGAGAGACCUCAACAAUUUGGUGGUAAUACAACCUUUAAGGAUGUGGUCUUCAACUAUCCCACCCGACCCGAUGUCACAGUGCUCAAUGGGUUGAAGGUUGCUGUGGCAAAAGGGCAGACAUUGGCUCUUGUGGGAAGCAGUGGCUGCGGGAAGAGCACACUGGUCCAGCUGCUUGAAAGAUUUUAUGAUCCUCUCAGUGGAGAAGUGCUCCUGGAUGGCCAAAACGCAAAGCAGCUACAUCUCCAGUGGCUGAGAUCCCAGAUUGGGAUUGUUUCUCAAGAACCAGUCUUGUUUGACUGCAGUAUUGCUGAUAAUAUUGCUUAUGGGGACAAUAGCAGAGAGGUGCCAUUUGAAGAAAUCGUCGAAGUAGCUAAAGCAGCCAACAUACACUCCUUCAUUGAAUCUCUACCAGAUAAAUACAACACUGCUGUUGGUGACAAAGGGACUCAGCUUUCGGGAGGCCAGAAACAACGCAUUGCUAUUGCUCGUGCCCUUAUCCGUCGGCCCACGAUUCUUCUACUGGAUGAAGCUACCUCUGCACUUGAUACAGAAAGUGAAAAGGUUGUCCAGGAGGCUCUAGAUAAAGCCAGACAAGGGCGUACCUGCAUCGUAAUAGCUCACCGCUUAUCUACAGUGCAGAAUGCAGACAGUAUAGCUGUGAUCCAGAAUGGUAAAGUCAUAGAACAAGGAACCCACCAGCAGCUACUGGCUAUGAAAGGAGUCUAUCACUCUCUAGUCAAUGUUCAGGCAGGGACAGCUACUGAAUAAAUUAAAAAGUGGACACUGAUGGUGUGGAAUUCAUUUUUAAAGAAGGCCACAGUAACAGAUACUCCUUAUACCAUCUCCAGCUUAUGCAAAAUAACCUUGCAGUAGUGACGGACGGAGCUCCACGAGGGUUAUUGACAUGAAAUUUCUCUGUAUGGACAUUUUUUCCUCUACUUUUUGGAAAGUUGUGAUGAAAUGUCUGUCUGUAUGAAAGAUGAUUCCAAGGACUCUAUGUCCAAAACAGCAACAAAACAUACGGAAGUGUUGGAGAAAGAAAACCACCUUGUGUUCUAGAUGGUUCAACAACCAACAACAAUCACAAACAGUUUCAGAGUUUGAUCAGAUAUACGUAGAUCCUGGAACCUGGUUGUGCUGGGAAAAGGCUACAAAGCAUUUUUCAAGUAUCUUGGCAUGAUGAACCUCGACUUGGAACAGGGGGACAACAACACUGCAGAUGUUGUUGGACUCAUACAGUGUUUCAAUAUUAUCUCUGCUUGUUAAAGCUGAUGAUAGUUGCACUUUCAGUGUCGGAAGAGUUACAACUGCCAACUCCUGCUUUAAAGGAAAUCUGCUUGAGAUGAAGGCCUCCACAAGAUUUGGCUAUCUAUCCUUUGGUAGUAUUGUGAUGCCUGUAACAGCAAAACUAUGUUAAGUGCCUUGGAAAAAAUAUCUAUUACCUUAACAUUUUCUAAAGCUAUUAUACAGAAUGCAUCUGCCAAAAAAUACUGUAUGUUUUGUUUUCAACUGAAGCGUGUAAUGUGAACAUUUGGAAUGUAUUUAUUUACGAUAAUUAAGUCUUUCUGUAAACAAUUAUACUUCCCAUUAGAUGAAAAAUGUAGGCUUUAAGUGUUGUUGUUUUCCCCUGCUAUAAAAAGCACAGUCUGGCAGUCAACUUGGUUUAUGUACAAUAUCUGAAAUGACUGGUUAACCUUAUACCUCUCAAAUGUUAGAAAGGUGCUUUACUCAACAUAUUAUAUUUUCAAGUGAAUAACACAACCUCAAUUUCUUUUAAGAGGGUUUUUACAUGACUAUAACGUAAACUAAAGUGACACAAAUAUUCCAGGGGAUUUUGUAGCACCUUUUGAGUCUAAAUGGUGACAGACUUUGCCUAUGAACAGCCUUUUGAUCUUAAACAGUUCUACCAAUAUAAUUAAUAAUCGUUUUGUGUAAUACUCUUCAGCUGGUCAGAAGAGUGAAAUUUGGAUAUAAUUAUGUUCACCAUUUGUGAUUAUAGAUGCCACUCCAGACAAGCCCUAACUACUUGGCUAUGCUUGCUGGAGCUCUGUAAUGUUUAGGAAUCAUCUGUUCUUGAAGGGUUGGAAAAUAGUGAAUUGUACAUCUCUGCACUUAACCUGUAGUCCUGCACAAUUAGACUCAAUAUCUAUGUAGAACAUCUGUAUCAAGAGCUUAAACCAUUGCAACUGGUAAAGAAAUGUCAGUUACUAACAUGUUAGUGAGCUACACCUCUAUUCUCUUAUAAGUAUUUGUGUAAUAAAAAGCAGAUAUUCAUGCAUCAUGUUAUAUAAAGAUUUUCCCUAUAGUUUCCAUUAGAAGUCUGCACCUCACACUCCUCCUUGGCCUGCUUUCAUUUUAGAACGAGAGUUCUCUGUUGUAUCAAAAACCUCUGAACUAGGGUUUAGUCAAAUUGUGGUUCAGUUAAAGCACAAUAUGACUGAAGCACUGGUUCAACACCGACAGAACAGGAAUAAAGUUUCUUUUAAAAAAAAAACAACAGUGCCUGGAACUGGGCUACUUCGACUUGUUUGCAUACCUAAGUCAGCCUAAGCUGUCUCCCAGUCAAACUUAAAUUUGUCAGGCAUCAGCCACAUUAAGAGAAGGAGGUCCAUUCUGCUGGCUAUUGGAGUGCAGAUUUUUUCCUUCCAGUGAGCAAAGUUACAAUGGCCCUUCUUCUGGUUGUCUCAGCCUCACUUGCAGACAGAAGAAUGGAAAUGUCACUAUCUCCCUCCUCAAUCACAGACAGAACAGAUCUUCUCUCUGCAUAGCUGUUGCUCAGUAAAUCAGGUGCCAGAAUUGUGAUUACAUUGGGAUCAUGAGUACAGAUAGGUAACUCCAGGUUAGAGAUAUAUAAGUGUGAUGCUAAUUUGUGCCCAUUCUAAAAUUGCUUGUAAAUUGUCUUAGGUGUGGAGGGGAGAGCGGAAAUUGGGGAUAUAAGUGGCUUCAUUAACAUGAAGCGACAUGUAGGUUCAUGGAAGACAGUCAUCUCCAAGAUCUGCCCCUGGCAACAGAGGGAUGCUUCUGUAUACAAAUCAAGCUAAGACUUACCGGUGUUUGAGGUGGCUUUAUUUUAGAGAAAAGAAAUUACACAACUGAGAAACAAAAUCCUCCCCUUGCCCCACAUGUGAAGAAAAUCUGAAGUCCUGAGAAUAUUGUUAAGUUAUACACUUGAGGGAACCAUAUCAAACAUAGCUUCUAAAUCACCAAAAUAAUGUCAAGUAUGAUUUCAGUUUCUGUUCUUUGUUCGGAAUGUAAAAAAUAAAAUCUAGAACAUGUUUCUCAA